GGAGGUGGUGGGGGGGGGGUUUGGUUGUGCAGAUCAUUCCUUUUGCCUUGAAGCUGCUGAGUGGGAUUGGCAGAGAAGCCUCUUUUUUUUCUCUCUCUCUCUCUCUGUGUGCGACUGAUUCUACGAUAAGGAUGUCCAGCCCCUGUGGCUGAUGCUGUCUGUCUGCCUCACAACCCGACUCACACGUGUGUCUAGACAGGGACGAGAGACUGACUCUCUCUCUCUCUCUCUCUCUCACACACCCCACACACUACACACACACACACCCCCUCUGCGGCCAUGGAUUCUGCUGGCGUCCGGAGAUACUCCGACACGGUCCUGCUGCUCGUGUUCCUGCUCUGGGUCCCCGCCUGUCAGCCUUUCAAACUUUCCCGGACCACAGAAGUGAUUCUGUUUGAGGAGGUGUGGAACCGGAGUUACUGCCGAACCAUUGAGGUGUUGGUGGAUGUCAUCAAGGAGUACCCGAGUGAGUCCGCGUAUAUCUUCAAACCAUCUUGCGUCCCUCUGUUCCGCUGUGCCGGCUGCUGUGGAGAUGAGAAGCUCCAGUGCACAGCCCAGGAAACUCACAACAUAACUAUGCAAAUCAUUAAAUUAAAGCCUUCAGAGCACGUGACUCAGCAGGAAGAGAAGACUUUUACUGAGCACAGCAGCUGUGAGUGCCGACCGAGAAGGAAACGAUUGAAAGGUGAAAGAAGAAACUCAAAGCGAAGAGGCCAGAAGAGAAAUUCAUCAAAGUUGGCUCGUGAGACAGCUCCCAGCCGCUCAGAGCCUCAGCAACUCAAACGCCUGCUGCACCCGGACCUGCAGCCGACGGUGCCGGAGUCCCAGCUUCCCACCUAAACACGAUGACACGGCUGUCCCAGCGACACAGCUCCCAGCACAAUAGAUGCCUCAUAGCCAGAAGAAAGUCUUUCCAUAGCAGGUGACUUGUUCCCUCCACCGACAGACAGACUGAUACUGUAUAAGUGCUUGAGAGUGGAGUUGCACCAACGGAUCUGAUAGGACUAGAACAGCUUUCACUUUUCUCCUCUCUGGUGUGGUGACCCAGGCAGCCUAUUCUGACCGAGUGAGUGGGAAUGUUGUCACUUACCACACUAUUAUGUGGAUAAUAAUGAAAAUAAUUGGUGGUUUCCUUUACAUUCAGGGCACCUCUAAUUCCCUCUGUACCCUGGUGUUUACCCAUGGUGUGUAAGACGUAGAUAAAAGAACAUAAAUAAUAACAGCCAGACAGCCACUGGGAGCUUUGAAGAAAAUUCCCCAAGUUACCAAUACAAAAUACUUGAUAUUCUGAAAGUGGCUCUCUAAAGGAAAAGAUAGCCAAUUUUCAUUAGCAUUGCUCUACCCAAAUACAGCUCUGUACAAAUUAAACUGUGUUUGUGCUGUGACAUGAAAUGAGUAUGUUGUUAUGGAUGGGGCUUGAACAGGAUAGCCCAGUGAUAGGUUUUUAAAGUUAAUGUAAGUCUGUCUUUUGAAGUCUCAAUUUCCUCUACCUCCAGCUCAGAGGAGACCAAUACACAUGCUUUUAUAUACAACACAUUAUUUAAGCACUUUGAUUAUAAUUGAAAUAGUCAUGAAUAUUAAUUCAGCAAUAUUAUCAGUCACUCUGCAGUAUCAUUUGGGGGGGAAGGGAAUAAUUUAGAGAGGAGCUUGAAGGGCCUCCCCAGAUUUGGGACCACAUAUCUGGGACCACAUAUCUUCAGAUAAAGUAGGGCUUUUGUAGGGUUAGAAAUGUUUAGGGGAAAACAAGUGUUUGUCCAGGAUAGAGAACAGCUUGUGGAGACAACAUGAGCAACGGAGAUGAGAAGAGAGUGAGGCUCAGAACAGAUGAUGCAUUUAGAGUUUAGCUAUCAAAGGUAACAGGUGGCAGCUGCUAGUUUGACUUGAGUGAAACAUUAGGAAUCUGUAUCUUCGAGAAAUUGAAGAGAACAAUGUCACAUCAACGAGCACAUGGAAGGCAACAUGGUUCAACAGGAGAAAAGUGUGGGCUGUGUGUGAGCCGAUGAAGCUAAUGAAUGGUAGAGUGGAAUCUUCAGCACAAGAGUGACCAAGGUCAAGUGAUAAUGAAGGAGGAAGAAAGCAGGAGUGCGAAGAGAGAUCCUUGAGUUGAUUGGAGAAUUAAUUGAAGAACGAACCAUCAAUUACAAUCCUAUGUUCAAACUUUCCAGCGGAGGCUGCUCUCAGUAGCUACUUGCUAACCUGCCUGAACUAUGCUUUAAACUUUGCCUUGCUUUUAAUGAGGUAAUGUGCUUCCCGCGCAUUUCCGAGGGAGACGUGACUUCAGAGAGUAAUCCACAGACAGUAGCAGGCAAUGGAGAGAUCUCCAAUAUAGGUACUCAGUUUAGGGAAAAUAAACCCUUGUUCAGAGCUUUGAAAGACUUCUUGGUUUACUGUUACUUAAAAAGUUUGAACUUUGGUCUGUACGAAACCAGCUCCAACUGUGUGUGUGUAAAAAAAAUUGUUCGCAAUGGCUUAUUGUAUAUUUAAAUGUUUUUCUAUUCCUCACGCACUGUGCCACUGGAAGCAGGACCACUCUCACCUGUGCAGCAGGCUAAUGGAACAAAGCCACUUUAUAAAAUAUUACAAUUAAA